AUACAUAAUGCCUUGCGUUUUCCUUCGUAUGAUAUGUACGGCCGCCGGUGCAAGCGCUGACGGCCCAGAGAACCCCCUUCAUCGACCUCAAACAUUUGCCUUUCCUCGGGACAGGUCUCAUCAAGUGAUAGAUCUAUUCCGUGUGUGCGAAACGCACUGGUGUGGAGUGUCGUUGCAUCAAAGGGUAGAUACCGUACAUGCUCCAUGCGCUAAUACCGAUCAUACACACCUUCAUAGUUGCACCAUCGUGGGAUAAACGCAUGCUGCAUAGCCGUUCGCCAUUCGCAUCAUACCGUACCUACCGUACCUACCUACCGAGUG